AUGGCGGCCUUUACCAGAGCUGCGACAAUGAACAACCUGUUUGAUGUAGUAGCUCUUGGACCAAAAUAUUUGUGGAGUCUAAUCUUCAGAAUUUUGCCUAAGCUGCUUGGUCUCCUAGUCAGUUUGAUGAAGAAAUUCAGCAAAGACAAGCAUUUUCAUCCGCCACUGAUGGAACUGGAGACUGCGAUUGGCACAUUGCAGGAGCUGCCGCAGGAAUUGCUGAUGGAUAUCUUUGCCACCCUUGAGAUCCCUGACCUUAUACGAGCAGGCUCUGUCUGCUCAUCCUGGCAUUCCGCCUACACAUGCCUGCGCAACCUGGGGACGUACAAAAAGUCCCAGACGCCAUGCCUGCUUUACACUUCUAGAUCUGCUGGUGAGAAUGUUGCAUGUCUAUACAGCCUCGUGGAAAAUAGGACCUACAAGUUAACUCUACCAGAGCCACCCAUCCGCCGUAGGCUUCUGAUCGGAUCCUCCAAUGGCUGGUUGAUUACAGCAGAUGAGAGGUCCGAACUGCACCUUGUCAAUCCCAUCACCGGUGAACAGGUUGCUCUUCCGUCAGUUAUCACCAUCGAGCAGGUGAAACCCAUCACUGAUGGUUCAGGUAUCAUCCGCAAGUACAAGUUAUCAUACUACUGUAGAGAAAUGGACGAGGGACGACCGAAGAUAGUUGCUCUCGACAAGCUGCGCGAAAAACUCUAUUUCAAGGCAUUCGUGUUUCCAGAUCAUUGCACCCGAAGCUUCUUUGUUGUGCUCAUCCACCAUCCACGGUUUCAGCUUUCUUUUGCAAGAUUAGGAGAUGAUAAGUGGACCUGGCUGCCACAAAAUACACAAUAUAGGGAUUGCAUGUACAAGGCUGGUCUACUGUAUGCAUUGACGGCACUUGGAGAAAUCGAUGCCUUUGAUCUCACUGCCUCCACUGUGACGAUGAAGGUAAUUAUGAACAAGAUUGAUAGAUACCCAUAUGCCUGGAAGAGCUGGUACAUUAUUUGGGCUCCAUGGGGCGAUCUGCUGCAAGUUUGGAGAUCUUUUGGGGUUCCUCAGUAUAAGGAUGCUGAUGGUGAUGUUCCAGAGGAUGGCCCUGCAAUGCAUUGGCCUUUUUUCCGCACCACAAAAGUCACAAUAUAUGAAGUGGACUUGAAAGCAAGUGCGCUUGUGGAAACAAAGAGAUUGUCUAAUCAUAUUUUAUUUCUUGGGCACAACAAUUCACUUUGUCUUAGUGCUGAUGAACACCCUCAAUUGAAGGAAAAUCAUGCUUACUACACUGAUGACCGCAGUGAACCGCCUGUGGCAUUAAAGAAUGUUCAUCGUGAUAUUGGAGUUAUCGACCUGGAAAAUAGCAGCAGGAAGAAAAUUGUGUCUCAUAUUUGGUCUAACUGGCCUUGUCCCACAUGGAUAACACCCAAUCUUACAAAGAUGAACUUAGCAUUCAGCAAAUAG